AUGCGAGAGCCACUGCAGCUACAAAAUACCGAAUACACGAUUUCGGUUUACAAAUCAAAGGAUGACUACGAACCCUACUACCAGUGUCCUGUGAACUCGGUGACGGAUUGUCAAGUCCAGCAACUUUCACACCGCAAGCAAGGCCCGGUCUUACCAACACUGGUCAUCACAGUCUCGGACAAGGAAAAGAAGCGACGAUCAAGUAGGGCUGCGGGGCUUAUUUCGGGCAAAGAAUCCACGCAUCGAGGCUUUACCGCUCCUGGAGACCGAGAUGGACCGCCCACUGCCCACGGCUCCGAGUCGCCUAGCCUCCGCUCGAAGCGAAGCGACGUUUCUUCUCCCACCAGCGGGAUUCAUCCCAGUUUGUCCCAUAGAACUUUACCGAGCCACCACCACUAUACAACGGGAUCGCGAGCCGAUAUUCCGCCUGAUUUGCCAUCGCCCGCCGAGUCCGGGGCAGGCGAUCAGCACAUCAACGAGUUGAUUGACGGCUGGUCCAGCCCUCAAGCACGCUCUUCCUCAUUCAGCUCCCCUCGCGCAGGCGCCCCAUCCCUUGAUCGUCGGCACACGUCAGUCGGUGUUAGUCCCACAAUUAAUCGUGAGACCAUCCUCGACCGCGCUUUUCAGUUGCGCUGUAUUCCCGGCUCCGAACGAGCAGUUCCUGGAGAGGAGAAGCUCAGCUCGCUCGCCCGCUUCGACGCUCUCAUGCGCGAUACUGAGGACCGCCGGAACAAGGACGAUGGCGUGCGGGCUAAACAAGCGCAAGAGGCGCGGAGGAAGUGGGAAAUGGGCGGUGAUUCAAGCGAGUCGGAUGACGAGUCGGAAAGGGAAACCGACGACGAGGACGACGACUACCACCUCGAGCAAGACUCCGCCGGCCUCGUCGCGAUACGCUGA